GGGAAAACAAGAAAAGCCAGAAAGAAAUGGUGUGAUUCUUAAUAAAGUUACAGAAAUUAUCGAUCAGAAAUGAAGCACUUCUUUAUUUUCAUGUACUUUUUCUGCAUUACGGCAAGUUUUCACAUCCUGGAUGAACAAAGAAGAAAAAUCUCCCUUCUUCAAGGGGCCCAGAAAACUCGACUUUCACCACCCCUUAGACUUUCUUCAAGUGCUUCUACACCAGUUCAUGGUCCAGUGUAUAUAAUAAGGCCUAAAAAAAAAUCUCCACCAGCUCAAGAGGCAGCUCCUUCUGCUGUUGCAUCCCAACCUGCAGCUGUUCCUUCACCCCCAAUAUUCAUAUUUCCUCCAAUCUCACAGGGCCGAGCACAGCAACAGAAAAUUCCACCACCCCCACAACAUGUUUUACCGCCAACACACUCUACUCAAACUCAGCCCAUUUUUAUUUUUCCCCCAAAACCUCCAGCACCUAGCAAACCUAAAGUUCCAUAUCCAUCAAAACUUGAUUCUUCACCUCCUUUAACCUUACCAGGUUCACCAAUGUUCAUUUUUUCAUCACCUACAGAAUCUCUGGCAUCAUCAACUCAAAGCUCAGAUAUAGGGCGAGCUAUACCCAACAGUCCUUCACCACAUCCUAAUCCACCUUUCUUCAUUUUUCCACCUUCCUCUGAGCAUCCAUCUUUCCUUGCCUCUAAACCAGUUCAUCCAGCUGCAGUUCCUAUAGCUCCUGCCUCUUCACCGCCUAUAUUCAUCUUUCCUCCUGCUUCCUCUCGCCGUUCAUCUCCAUCUUCUGCUGUACAGGCUAGUCAAGCAAUGCCCAACCAAACUCCUAAUUCUCCUGCCAGUCCUCAACCAAUCUUCAUUUUUCCACCACCAUCAUCUUCCCCAGAGCAUUCAGCAUCUUCUAAAUCAGAAUCAGCUCCACCAAGGUAUCCCUCAGCACCUACUGCUUCUUCACCACCUAUUUUCAUCUUUCCUCCAGCAUCAUUGCAACCUUCUUCCUCUUCUUUUUUCACGCAAACUGGACAAGCAACACCAAGUAAAACUCCUACAGCUGCUGCAAAUCUUCCCCCUCCUGUCUUCAUUUUUCCACCAGCUCCACCACUGGAUAAAAAACCUCCACCAGUAUCUGUACCAUCUCCAGCAGCUACUUCACCAUCACCUUCAGCCAUCCAAGCACUACCUCCUGUAGCUCCUCCAAUAUUUAUAAUCCCUCCAACGUUGCCAAGCCAACAAGCACAGGUUCCUUCUUCUGCUUCAUUUGGUCUUUCUCCACCUUUCCUUCCUUUGCAGCCACCUGCACCAGCACCUCCAAUAUUUGUAUUUCCUCCUCGUGAUCCAGCUCCAGCCCCACUACCAUCUCCACCAGCUCCACCUCCUAUUCCACCAAUUUUUAUUUUUAAUCCUCCUAGUCCUGUAAUAUCUCCUGCUGUAGAGACACCGGCAAAAGUUGCUGUAGAUCCAACUUCACAGUCACCCGGCUCUUCAGUUCCACAAACUAUUCCUUCUCCUCCCACUCAAGUUCCUACUGCUCCAUCAAACAUACCUUCUGGACCACCACUGUCUCCCUCAGUUCCCCUGCAGCCUGCUUCAACACCAUCAGUAUUUUCUUCAGACAGACCAUCUUUUCCAUCUGACUCAGACCCAUCCAGCUCUCCACAAAUUCCAUCUGCAUUUCCACAACCUCCAUCUGGUCCCUCUUUUUCACCUUCAGACCCAUCACCUGUUCCCUUCAUGCCAUCAGGCUUCCCUUUUAGUCACUCACCUGAUUCUGAUGGUGCUUCACCAAGUCCACCUUAUUUCAUAUUUUUACCACCAGUUCAGUCUCCAGCUACUGACACUAAGCCCUCACCAACAGCACAUCCUUCCUCAUCAGAAACAACGGUCUCUGAACCUUCUUUGUCAACUCAGUCAACUUCACCAUCAGCUUCUGGAUCCCCAAAUAUUUUUAUAUUCCAGCAACCAUUCCCUUCACUAGAGUCUAAAAAUACAUCACCAGUUGCACCACUUUAUCCUACCCCUGAUCCUGCAACUCCUGGAUCACACUUUCCUACUACAGGCUUGGGUGUCCAUAAUGGAAAACCUUCAAUACCCAAAGACCCUGCACAAUCUCCUCCAGGAUCUGAUGACGUCAUCUCUCCACAACCAACUCCCACUCACCCUACAGCUGCAUCUCCUCCAAUAAUAAUAAUUUCACCUGCAGCAGCACCUCCACCACCACCUGCACCACCUAUAGGUCCUGCACAGCCCCCUUCAAUAAUAAUAUUACCAUUAUUUCCGCCAGCUCCAGAUGCCCCGCCAACAGCUAGAAAUGGACAAGCUUCUCCUUCACCAAUAGGCCCACCUGAUGCAAUGAUUACAAGACAAAUACCAACAAAAACAUUUGCUCAAGGUCCAGAAGAACAGAGUCCAGGUCAAGUGCCAACACAAACAUUUGAUCCAGUGCCAGGACAUGCUCCAGUGAAAAUGCCAACUAAAACACCUGGCCCUGUUCCAGAACAGGUUCCAACACAACAUCCAACCCAAACGUUUGGUCAGUUUUCAGGACAGGCUUCAGGACAAGCCUCAUCCCAAUCACAAUAUAUUCCUGGUCAUCCAAGCCAAUCACCAUCUCCCGAAUUUCAUGAAUUACCUCCAAAAUCAAUUCCAUCAGCAACUGAUCCAUUAGGUGCACGUCCACCAGGCGUACCACCAGUUUUUAUAUUUUCAGACAGUAGUCAACCUGAAGAAAUACCACCAGUUUUUAUUUUUUCUUCUGCUCCAAGUGCACCUCCUGUUCCACGUUCUCCUCCUGCUCCAAUUUUUAUAUUUACAGGGACACCUGAGUCUCCAACUGAAACAUCAUUAGAUGGUGCACCAUGCAAUGUGCUGUCAACAAAUGUUCCAUUGACUGCUGAUCAAUCUAAUGUCUUUCUUGCUCCAGCUUCACCUUCUCGUUCAGAGAUUAUAAAUGGGCAAUUUUUACCUCAGCCAAAUCAUUCUCCAUCAGUUCCUAGUUCACUUCCUGGCUCAUUUGUUCCGGCCCCAUUUCCAUUCUAUUCUUCUGGUCCACUGUUAAAUUCCGAAGUACCUACACUAUAUCCCUCCACAAAACCCUCACCACCACAACCACCACCACCACCACCAGUGCCAUCUCCACCACCAGCACCAGCAGUCCCUCCUAUUCUUAUUUUCCCAGGGAUUUUUCUACCCAUUCCUGAAAAUGAACCAGAUGCUCAGCCUCUGAUUAGUGGAGAUGCAAGUACUUAUCCCCAAAAGAGUACUUCUGUAAAUUUAAAAAAAACAAUGAAAGUUCCAGCAAAUGUUGAAUUGAAAGCAAAUAUCUUCGUAAAAAACCAGGCCAGGCGAAGGUCAGCUUUUCCAAAUUACGGAAAAAUGAAGCACUUCCAUUUUUUUAUGUACUUUGUCUGCAUACUGGCAAGUGUUCACAGCCUGGAUGAACGAACAAGAAAAAUCUCCCUUCUUCAAAGAGCCCAGAAAACUCGGCUUUUAACUCCCCUUAGACUCUCUUCUCCAAGUGCUCCCAAACCAGUUCAUCCUCCUAUAUACAUAAUAAGGCCUAAAAAAAAAUCUCCGCCAACUCAAGAGGCAGCUCCUUCUGCUGCUGCAUCCCAGCCUGCAGCUGUUUCUUCACCCCCAAUAUUCAUAUUUCCUCCCAUCUCACAAAGCAGAGCACAACAUUCAAAAAUUCCUCAACCUUCUCCACAAGGUUUACGGCCAACACCAUCAAUCCAAAGUCAACCCAUUUUUAUUUUUCCCCCAAAACCUCCAGCACCAAGCAAACCUCCAGUUCCAUAUCCAUCAAAACUUAAUUCUUCACCUCCUGCAAACUUACCAGGUUCCCCAGUGUUCAUUUUUUCACCACCUACAAAAUCUUCGGCAUCAUCAACCCAAAGCUCAGCUAUAGGUCCAGCUAUACCUAGCAGCCCUUUGCCAUCUCCUACUCCUUCUCCUAUCUUCAUUUUCCCACCAGCUUCAUCUUCCUCUGAGCGUUCAUCUUUUCCUGCCUCUAAACCAACUCAGCCAGCUGCAGUUCCUAUAGCUCCUGCCUCUUCACCGCCUAUUUUCAUCUUUCCUCCUGCUCCCUCUCGUCGUUCAUCUCCUUCUCCUUCUGAUGUGCAGACUAAUCAAGCACCAUCAAGCCAAGCUUCUAAUGUUCCUUCCAGUCCUCAGCCAAUCUUCAUUUUUCCACCAGCACCCUCUUCUGCAGAAUAUUCAGCAUCUUCUAAGUCUAAAUCAGUUCAACCAAGUUAUCCUUCUGCACCUACACCUCCUGCCUCUUCACAACCUAUUUUCAUCUUUCCUCCUGCUUCCUUGCGUCGUACAUCUCCUCCUUCUGAUGUGCAGAUUAGUCAAGCACCACCAAGCCAAGCUUCUAAUAUUCCUGCCAGUACUCAGCCAAUCUUCAUUUUUCCACCAGCGUCCUCUUCUUCAGAAUAUUCAGCAUCUUCUAAGUCUAAAUCAGCUCAACCAAGUAUUCCUUCUGCACCUACACCUCCUGCCUCUUCACCACCUAUUUUCAUCUUUCCGCCUGCUUCCUCACGUCAUUCAUCUCCUCCCUCUGAUGUGCAGACUAGUCAAGCACCACCAAGCCCAGCUUCUAAUGUUCCUGCCAGUCCUCAGCCAAUUUUCAUUUUUCCACCAGCAUCCUCUUCCUCAAAAUAUUCAACAUCUUCUAAGCCUAAAUCAACUCAACCAAGUAUUCCUUCUGCAUCUACACCUCCUGCCUCUUCACCACCUAUUUUCAUCUUUCCUCCUGCUCCCUCUCAUCAUUCAUCUCCUCCUACUGAUACGCAGACUAGUCAAGCACUACCAAGCCCAGCUUCUAAUGUUCCUGCCAGUCCUCAGCCAAUCUUCAUUUUUCCACCAGCAUCCUCUUCCUCUGAAUAUUCAACAUCUUCUAAGCCUAAAUCAGCUCAACCAAGUAUUCCUUCUGCAUCUAUACCUCCUGCCUCUUCACAACCUAUUUUCAUCUUUCCUCCUGCUCCUUCUCGUCGUUCAUCUCCUCCUUCUGAUGUGCAAACUAGUCAAGCACCACCAAGCCAAGCUUCUAAUGUUCCUGCUAGUCCUCAGCCAGUCUUUGUUUUCCCACACCCAUCAUCUUCCUCAGAGCAUUCAGCACCUUCUAAAUCUGAAUCAACUCAACCAAGUUAUCCCUCGGCCCCUACAGCUUCUGCUUCUUCACCUCCUAUUUUUAUCUUUCCUCCAGCAUCACCUCAUCCUUCUUCCUCUUCUUUUUUCACACAAACUAGACAACCAGCACCAAGUAAAACUUCUACAUCUCCUGCAAAUCCUCCCCCUCCUGUCUUCAUUUUCCCAUCAGCUCCACCACAAGAUAAACAAUCACCACCAGUAUCUGUACCAUCUCCUGCACCUACUUCCCCAUCACCUUCUGCACCUCCUGUAGUUCCUCCAAUAUUCAUAUUCCCUCCAGCGUUACCAGGCCCUCAAGCACAGGUUCCUUCUUCUGCUUCAUUUGGUCUUUCUCCACCUUUACUUCCUUUACUGCCACCUGCACCAGCACCUCCAAUAUUUGUGUUUCCUCCUCGUGAUCCAGCUCCAGCCCCACUACCAUCUCCACCAGCUCCACCUCCUGUUCCACCAAUUUUUAUUUUUAAUCCUCCUACUCCUGUUGUAUCCCCUGCUGUAGAUAGUCCUGCAAAAGCUGCUGUAACUCCAACUUCCCAGUUACCUGGCUCUUCAGUUCCACAAACUGUUCCUUCUCCUCCCACUCAUGUUCCUACUGCUCCAUCAAACAUACCUUCUGGACCACCACUGUCUCCCUCAGUUCCCCUCCAGCCUGCUUCAACACCACCAGAAUUUCCUUCAGAGAGACCAUCUUCUCCAUCUGACUCAGCCAAAUUCAGCUCUCCACAAAUUCCAUCUGCAUUUCCACAGCCUCCAUUUGAUCCCUCUUUGUCACCUGCAGGCCCAUCACCUGUUCCCUCUAUUCCACCAAGUUUCCCUUCAAGUCACUCACCUACUUCUGAUGGCCCGUCUCCAGGUCCACCUCCAGGUCAACCAUAUUUCAUAUUUUUACCACCAUUUCAGUCUCCAACUACAGAUACUAAGCCUUCAUCAAAAGCACCUUCUUCCCCAACAGGACCAAUUGUCUCUGAGCCUUCUUUGCCAACUCAGCCAAUUUCACCAUCACCUUCUGCAUCCCCAAAUAUUUUUAUAUUCCAACAACCAUUCCCUUCCUUGGACUCUAAACCUUCAUCACUAGGUCCACCACUUCACCCUGGCCCUGAUUCUGCUGUUCCUGGAUCGCCCUCUCCUUCUACAGGCCCAGGUGUACCUAACGGAAAGCCUUCCAUUCCUGAAGGCCCUGCACAACCUCCUCCAGGAUCUGAUCAUGUCAUCUCUCCACAACCAGCUCCAACUCACCCUGCAUCUGCAUCAUCCCCAACAAUAAUAUUUUUACCUGCACCAGCACCUCCACCACCACCUGCACCACCUGUUGCUCCUGCACAGCCUCCUUCAAUAAUAGUAUUACCAUUAUUUCCACCAGCCCCAGGUGCCUUCCCAGCAGCUAGAAAUGGACAAGCUUCUUCUCCACCAUUAGGCCCAACUGAAGCAACAAGUCCAGGACAAAUGCCAACCCAAACAUCCAGUCAAAGUCCAGGACUAAGUCCAGGUCAUAUGUCAACCACAGUAUAUGGUCAGGGGCCAGGACAGACUGCAGUGCAAAUACCAACUGAACCAUCUGGACCAGUACCAGGACAAGCUCCAAUACAAAUGCCAACCCAAACAUCUGUUCCAGUUUCAGGACAGGCGCCAGGACAACCUUCAUCUCCACCACCUGAAUUUCCUGCAUUACCUCCAAAAUCAAGUCCAUCAGUAACUGAACCAUCAGGAGCAAGUUCACCAGGAGUACCACCAGUCUUUAUAUUUUCAGAUAGUGGUCAGCCAGACGAAAUACCACCAGUUUUUAUUUUCUCUUCUGCUCCAAGUGCACCUCCUCCGCCACCACGUUCUCCGCCUGCUCCAAUUUUUAUAUUCACAGGGCCACCUGAGGCUCCCUCUGAAACACCAUUAGGUGGUGAACCAUGCAAUGAGGUUGCACCAAAUGCCCCAACGGCUAAUGGGCAAUCUUAUAUUCUUCUUAACCCAAAUUUAUCUCCUGGUCCAGGAAGUAUAACUGGACCAUUUUUACCUCAAUCAAAUAAUGCUCCACCAUAUUCACUCUCACCAGUUUUGUCACCUGGUCCUAUGUCAGGAUCACCCCAACCUCCCAUACAAGCCUCUCCACCACCGCCAGCACUACCACCGCCACCACCAUUACCAACACCACCACCACCACCACCUCCACCUCCUCCACCAGCACCAGCAGUUCCUCCUAUUCUUAUAUUCCCAGGGAUUUUUCUACCUAUUCCUGAAAAUGCACCAGAAGCUCAGCCUCUGGUAAGUGGAGAUGCAAGUAAAUAUCCCCAAAAGCUAACUUCCAUAACUUUAAAAAAGCCAAUAAAAGUUUCAGCAAAUGUAAAGCAAAUUUUGAAAGCUAAUAACUUUGUAAACAACAGGGCAAGGAGAAGGCCAUCUUUUCAAAAUUAAUGAACUAUACAUAUUUAAAUUGUUAAAACUUUACAAAACAGAAAAAAAGAAAAUAUAUACAGUAUAUAAUGUUUAGUUUCACCAAUUACAAAAUAACUAUGAAACCCUCCUUUCAUGGACUUUCAAUAAAAUCAGUAAUUAAAGCAAUUAUGUUGAAGCAAAUUGCUUGUUUUAUGAAUUAUCAUGAUGCAGAAUAUUAAAUUAUUAUCUUGCAAUAUUCAAGUUAGACAUUUUUAUGUUGCUUAUCUACUGGAUGUAUCACUAAAGCCUAUAUUAUUAGUUGGGUGAGACAAGAUCAGAGGUUUAUUCCUUUAUUCCACUAAUUUAUCAACUCUUGUAGUUUCUGUUGAACACUACUUGAGAUAUAACGUGAUUUGUAUGUGAAAUCCACCUGAGUGCAUUAAACAGAAAGCAAUCAACAGAGAUAUAGACAUUAAGCCUCUAUGCAUUAGUUACAAUAAUAGAAUUAGUCCUUGCCUACAAAAAAACAGAUAUCUAUUGUUUCUUAGUUGGAAUCCAAUAGACAAAUGACAACUGUUCCUCCUCAUUAUGAAAAGAUGUUCUAACUGGUUGGUAAUUGUGCAAAAUAAUAACCAUAUUUGUAAAUACAAUAUGUAAACAGAUGCAACCUUAUCAUUUUAUUACAAAAAUAGUAAUGAAAAAUAACUAAAGCAAACAUUAGCACUUUCUGUUAUUUAACUGUGAGGUACUUGACUAAAUAACAAUUGCA